AUGGCGAAGAACGACUACAUCAUCAAACUCCCCACCCUCAGGGAACCUACUUCAAAAUCACCGGAAAAUGCACGAGAAAUCAUCAAAACUUGGACACAGGCGUUUGAGAAAGUGCUCACCAACAACGUAAAAGACGGCCUAUCGACCGUCUUCCGCGAAGAUGCUUGGAUCAGAGACUUUCUCAGUUUCUCAUGGGACUUUAGAACCAUCAAUGGCCUGGACGAGAUCACGGCAUUUUUCAAGGAAAAUCAGCCCCGGGCCGGUCUCCGCCAGAUCGUCCCCCGGGAGAAGGGCGCCUUCCAGCCGUCUUUUGGAGACCCUGCGCCUGGUGUUCACUGGGUGGAGAGCAUGUUUGACUUUGAGUCCAACGUUGGCCGAGGCAAGGGUAUGGUGAGGCUAGCAUUGGAAGCGGAUGACACCUGGAAAGCCUUCAUGAUCAACUUUACACUCCUAGAACUGAAGGGGUUCGAGGAGAAAAUGGGAGUCAGCAGGCCUACCGGUCAUGUAGAUCCCAAGGGGGGCAAUUGGAAAGAGAGACGCGAACGACAGGUGGAAUUCGUCGAUGAAGACCCUACUGUGUUGGUCAUUGGCGCUGAUCGCAAUGAGCACGUUGGGGACAGCUGGCGCAAGCGAUACAGGACUCUCAUGACCCAUGAUCCGAUUCAGUACUGCCACCUCCCCUUCAUCCCAUUUCCCGGAAACUGGCCUCAGUUCAUGCCAAAGGACAAACUGGCAGACUGGCUAGAGUCCUACGCGAAAAUGAUGGAACUCAACAUCUGGACCAGCACCAACAUCGAGGAGACGAGUUACAACGAGCAAGAAAAGAUAUGGACCGUCAAACUUCGUCGGACAGACGGCACCCUCCGCACCCUCAAGCCUCGGCACAUCGUUCUGGCGACAGGUCAGGCCGGUGAUCCCAUCACGCCCACAUUCCCCGGACAGGACGACUUCAAGGGUGUAGUGUACCACGGCAGCCAACACCAAGACGCCUCCCUCGUCGACAAUCUCUCCAAAAAGAAGGUCCUCGUCGUAGGCUCUGGCAACUCGAGUCACGACAUCUGCCAAAACUUUUAUGAAAAUGGCGCAGCACAUGUGACGAUGAUCCAAAGGGGCGGCACCUAUGUCAUUACAGCGAAUAAGGGAAUCUUUGUAAUGCACAAGGGAAUGUACGAAGAAGGCGGGCCACCGACCGAAGACUGCGACAUCGUUGCGCAGAGCGUCCCGAUCCCCGUGCAAUUCGCGCUGAGUACACACGGUAUCAAGGCCAUCACCGCAGUUGACCAAGGCUUGUUGGACGGUCUGAGCAAGGCGGGGUUCAAGCUUGACUUUGGGCCGGAUGGAAGCGGUAUCUACCGCAAGUACAUCACUCGCGGCGGAGGAUAUUACAUUGAUGUCGGCUGUAGUCAGCUGAUUGUCGAUGGGAAGGUCAAGGUUCACCAUAGCCCUGGGGGUAUCACCGGCUUCACGCCCACUGGUCUGGCGCUGGCGGACGGUACGACUUUGGAUGCCGACAUUGUUGUGCUGGCGACGGGGUAUGAUGGGAUGAGGUCUAGCACACGUAAUAUCCUAGGGGACAAGGUGGCCGAUCGGGUCAAGGAGUGUUGGGAUCUUGAUGAGCAAGGGGAGAUCAAUUCUAUCUGGAGGAGCAGUGGUCAUCCGCGGUUCUACUACAUGGGUGGGAAUCUCGCCCUGUGUCGCUCUUAUUCGCGGCUCUUGGCACUGCAGAUCAAGGCCACGGAAGAGAGUUUGGUUGAGAUGUAG